GUGUUUGACUAUGAUCGAUUUUCAAGGAACGAUGUUGUGGGAGAGGUGAGGGUUAACAUGCUCGACCUGGAUGUAACCUCGAGCGUGGAAGUUUGGGGUGACAUCACUAAACACAAGAAGCCUCCAGAGGAACUCCAGGAGGUGCUGUUGUCACUAAGCUACCUUCCGUCUGCCGAGAGACUCACAGUAGUCUUGCUCAAAGCGAGGAAUCUCUUCCGACCUAAGAACAAGGAAACCAUUGAUCCAUUUGUCAAGGUUUAUCUACUGAGCAGUGGAAAAAGGGUGAAGAAGAAGAAGACUGCUACAAGAAAGGCAAGCACAAACCCUGUUUGGAAUGAAGCUUUGACAUUCAACAUUUCAUCCGCAAAUCUAGCAAAUUCAGCUAUUGAGGUCUGCGUGAUGGACGGGGCAGGAGGGAGUGACCUGAUGGGCAGCACUCCGUUGUUGGGUUGCUGCGUAGUGGGGCCCCACGAGGAAGGUGCAGGUCAGGAUCACUGGACGGAUAUGACCCAGAGCCCGCGCAAGGCUGUGGCCAUGUGGCACACUUUACGAUAGAAGCAGGAAAGCGCAAAGUCACAUCCUGAAUACACGAGAAAUUGCAACAUUUUGAGCCGAAUUUAGCAAACCUGCAGUAUGAAGAAGCGAGGAUCCAAGAGAAGUUGUUGUUAUUUGGAUUUCAACGAUGGAUAUAAAGUUAAAGAGUGUCUUAUAAGUCACUUUAUGGAAUUAGAAAUCCCUUUUAAAGGGAUUGUUUCCUUUAAGUUACAU